AUGAACCAGCUACUGCGCGACCGCAAAAUCGCGGUCCUGGCACUACAAGAAACACACACAAAUGAUCGCAGGCUGGACCUGCUGAAUCGCAUCUUUGAGCGGAACAUGGCCAUCUUGCAUUCCCCAGACCCUGUCAAUGCGACUGGAGCCCGGGGGGUUGCCUUUGCCAUCAACAAGCGGAUAUUCAAAGAUGGCAGCCCUAGGAUACGAGUGAUAGUCCCGGGGAGAGCAAUCCUGCUGACAAUCCAGUGGUCCGAGGACAGAACACUCAGAAUACUGAAUGUGUACGCACCAAAUGACCCCCACGCAAAUGCAGCCUUCUGGACGUCACUAGCCAAUGCAAACAUUGGCCGAAUUGAUGUCAUGCUGGGGGACUGUAACGUGGUAGAAGACAGGGCAGACCGAAUCCCACAACGGGAGGACCCAGAGGCCCCGCGUAUGGCUCUCCAGACGCUCUGUGAACAAUCCCAGAUGGUGGACGGCUGGAGGGUAGCGCACCCACUGGAGAAAGGGUUCACGUACCUCCAGGACAGCACAAGUGUUCAGUCAAGACUGGACCGAAUCUAUGUCCGGCGUCCAAUGCUAAAAGACUGCUCAGACUGGCAAAUUGUAGAACCCGGGGUACCCACUGACCACCUUAUGGCUACGGUGACAGCUGAGAACUACAAGUCACCCUUCAUCGGGAAGGGACGCUGGGUCAUGCAGCCCCACCUCCUUGAGGACGCAGAAAUGAAGAAGACAAUGCUGGCUCUUGGGAAGGAGCUUGUCCGUAAAAUUGAAGCGAUCCGUGAGCGAACACCCGACGACAACCCGCAACUGGCCUACGCAGACUUUAAGCGUGAUCUAGUAGCAGCUGCGAGAGCAAGGGCGAAGGAAAAGAUCCCUAAGAUCCAGAAACGGAUGGAGCGACUCAGGGACGACCUGAAAACU